CUCUCUCAACUUCCUCACAACGGUUUGCUCUCUGCCCACUUUCUUCUCUUUGUGUAUCUUUAUUAAAAUACACAAUAGUAAUGGGAAUUCCACUCGUUCUUUUGGUACUUUUGGCUCUUCUAUCUCCAACCUGCAUAUCCUCUUCAAUAAUCCAAAACCCUGAACUAGUAGUACAAGCAGUACACAAGAGCAUCAAUGCCUCUAGGAGGGAUUUAGGCUAUUUCUCUUGUGGUUCUGGGAAUCCAAUUGAUGAUUGCUGGAGGUGUGAUCCGAAUUGGGAAAAGAACCGGCAACGCCUAGCCGAUUGUGCAAUUGGGUUUGGUAAGCAUGCCACUGGAGGCAGAGAUGGUAAAAUAUAUGUGGUCACAGACCCUAGUGAUGAUAAUCCAGUGAACCCCAAGAUAGGCACUCUUAGACAUGCUGUGAUUCAAAAUGAACCACUAUGGAUCAUUUUCAAACAUGACAUGGUGAUCAAGCUAAAGGAAGAGCUUCUCAUGAAUUCAUAUAAGACAAUUGAUGGUCGUGGUGCAAAUGUGCACAUUGCUGGCGGUCCAUGCAUUACUAUACAAUAUGUGUCCAACAUUAUUAUCCACGGCCUAAAUAUACAUGACUGCAAGCAAGGUGGGAAUGCUUAUGUGAGGGACUCGCCUGAUCACUAUGGGUGGAGGACUAUAUCGGAUGGUGAUGGGGUUUCAAUUUUUGGAGGAAGUCACAUUUGGGUGGAUCAUUGUUCUUUAGCUAAAUGUCAUGAUGGGCUGAUUGAUGCCAUUCAUGGAUCCACAGCCAUCACCAUCUCUAACAAUUACAUGACCCACCAUAACAAAGUCAUGCUCUUGGGUCAUAGUGACUCAUACACACAAGACAAAUUCAUGCAAGUCACUAUAGCUUUCAAUCAUUUUGGAGAAGGGCUUGUGCAGAGGAUGCCAAGAUGUAGACAUGGCUAUUUCCAUGUGGUGAACAAUGACUACUCUCAUUGGGAAAUGUAUGCAAUUGGUGGCAGUGCAGCUCCUACUAUCAAUAGCCAAGGGAAUAGAUUCCUUGCUCCCAAUGACAAUUAUAACAAGGAGAUUACUAAACAUGAAGAUGCACCACAAAGCGAGUGGAAGAAAUGGAAUUGGAGGUCCGAAGGAGAUUUGAUGGUGAAUGGUGCUUUCUUCACGCCUUCUGGGGCCGGAGUGUCUUCUAGCUACGCCAAGGCAUCUAGCUUGAGUGCAAGACCAUCUUCUCUUGUGAGUACUAUCACUGCCGGAGCUGGUAUACUUAAGUGCAAGAAGGGCUCGCGUUGUUGAUGAAUGUCUCUUAAUUGAGUUGAAGAGACUAAAGUUGGCUAGUAAUAAAAGAUGAAAUGCUCAAUGAGGGUAAAUUGGCAAGAUAUGGAGGGAAAAGAACAAUGCCAAUGGUAAUUACAAGGAUUAAGAUUCAA